CCUCACCAGGAGGUUGUAUUUCCAGGUGAAUCAUGCUCCACACUCGUCUGUUGGUUGUGAUGGCGCUCAUCGUUUCCAUGGGGGUGCUGUUGUCCUCCGCUCAGCACUGGUCCCACGGCUGGUACCCGGGAGGAAAGAGAGAGCUGGACUCAGAGAUUUCUGGUGAGAUUAAACUGUGUGAAUCUGGAGAGUGCAGUUAUCUGAGGCCACAGAGAAGGAGCAUUCUUAGGAACAUCUUUUUGGAUGCAAUCACCAGAGAGCUACAGAAGAGAAAGUGACAGUUCUUCAACAUUUUUGACUCAUAAAAACA